GAUGUUCAUAAUCGUGAUUUGUUGACCGGAAUCGCAGUCUGCCUAUGUCACACAGUGGUGUGUUUAAACUGAAUGUUGUUCAGUGUGACAAGUCAGUGUGAUUUGUGAACAUGGGGAGUAAGAAAUGUUUGUAUUAGGUUGUUCCGUGUCUGUCAGCUUUUGAAGGACUGUGUUCCAUGGAGUUUCCGUAAUUACAGCAGUUACUUCAACUGAUGGAGGGCUGCCUUUACGAACUUGUUGCUUUACGAUACUCGAUAUGAAGUUGGCGAGGAAUUGCAGAACUCAACUUGCAAGCAUUUGCUUUGCAGUAAAACUUGAUGACAGGUAUAACUUGGAAUUAGUGCUGCUGAAAGUAAUUGGCAAUUAGAAAAAAGUGGCUACGUGUUACGCGGUACUUUAAUAAUUUAUAUGCGACGGAGAAUGAAGUUCGUAAUGUCGUGAGGCAUGAAAACGAUCAAUGAACGUAAAUCAGUGAUCCUGCCCACUGCGGUUAAAUAGUGGUGCUGCAAGUACAGACACCGCGAUGUGACUACUAUGGAGUGACUGUUACUGCCAAGUGUGCCGAUCCCUCUACCAAAGAGUGUGAUCAUGGAUCAUCGUAGUCUCAACUGUAUUGGUCGGAUGUCAAGCCAGCAGCAGCAGCGCAAUGGAGGGGAUGCUAGUGACAGUAGCAGCGGCAAAAGACGUCCACACAGCUGGCACAGUUCCACCCAGACGCUUUGUCGCGUCGGAGCCCGUAGGAUGGACGGACUGCGAGCACUGGACGUGAUGGCGCUGCUUCAGGAGCGCCUAGCUGUGUUGACCGGCGGCAGAGACCGACGCGGCGGCCCGGUGCUCUCAUUCCCCGCCACACCGCGACGCGAGCGAGCCAAACCUGACGACUACCGCCGUCUGCUGCAGUACCUGCUUGCUAUCCCCUGCGAUGAAGUGCGUGAGCAGGGGUUCACGGUGGUCAUCGACAUGAGAGGCGCUACUUGGAGCACCGUGAAGCCGAUCCUGAAAGUACUGCAAGAGCAUUUUCCCGGCUCCGUCCACAUUGCCUAUAUAAUCAAGCCAGACAACUUCUGGCAAAAGCAGCGCACGUCCCUAGGCAGCCACAAGUAUAAGUUCGAGACAAAUAUGAUAAGUUUGGAAGCCUUACCAAAAAUAAUUGACACCACCCAAUUGACAUCAGACUUGGAAGGCACACUCCACUAUGACCACUCUCAGUGGAUUGAUAUGAGACUGGCUUUGGAGGACUUUGUGUGGCAAGCUGCAGAUCUGCUUGAUCGUUUGGAUGACCUUCAGGAGGACCUGAGCAGAAAUGACUUUGCAGAUGAUGUGGCAGGUGCCAAGCAUGGUAUUGACCUGCAUGCUGAAAUGAAGAAGAAAAUUAUGAAGGCUCCAGUAGAGGAUAUUGACCAUAUUGGUCAGCGACUACUGCAGAGGUUAUCAGGUGACUCAAAUAGUGGCUAUGACUCAGGCUACUCAGGAAGGGACAGUGAAGCCAGCUCGGUAGUAGCAAACCCAGACCUUCAGGCAUCUGUACCACAGAUACUGCAGAACUUAGAAGCCAUCCGUACGUCCCAGCAACAUCUCUUGCAGCUCUGGCACCAUAAAAAGCUCAAGCUAGACCAGUGCUUCCAACUGCGGCUCUUUGAACAGGACUGUGAGAAGAUGUUUGAUUGGAUUUGCCAUAAUCGUGAUGUGUUCCUAAUGAAUUAUGUGGAGAUAGGACAUUCCUAUCAAGUGGCCAAAGAACUUCAGGAAGAACACAACCACUUUACUAUGAGUUCUAGAAAUGUUUAUGUUAAUAUCAAUCGCAUCUUGACAGUAGCAUCUAGAUUAAUUGAGAGCAAUCAUUAUGCUGCUCAGCAUAUCCGAACAGUAGCUGCUCGGCUAGACAGGACAUGGAAAGAGUUUGCUGCUGGUCUUGAUGAACGCACCUCUGUGUUAGCUCUUUCUGUUCUGUUUCAUCAUAAAGCAGAACAGUAUGUAGAGAAUGUAUCGAACUGGAAACAGGCUUGUGAAAAUAUGAGUAUCCCAAGUGAAAUAUUGAUCCUAGAAACUGCAAUUCAUCAGCAUCAAAAUCUGUAUGAGUCCAUGUGCCAAGCAUACACUGAAGUGUAUAAUUCCUACCAGGCUCUACUCAGUGGCCUUGAUAUCAUGGUCCAAAUGUGCCACUGUUUCCCAGUGAUGGGAACUGCCAGGGAUUGUAUUUUCAGCAACAAUGUUCAUAGUACUAGCAAAAAACUGCUCUAUCAACUCGAUCACCUGGUUCAGAUCUGUAACCAGCCCGGGAUGGAACAGACUACUCGCAAACAUGUCACAGUAGAUGGGCAGGUGGUAUAUGAAGCAACAGGCCGUCAGACGGGUAAUCCUGCUGCAGAUUACUCUGAGGGUGCUAGUCAUGUUCUGGCAGUGAUCCAUCAGAUUCUGAACCACCAUCGAACUCUUGAACAAAAAUGGCAUGCCAAGAAAAUCAAGCUUCAUCAGCGACUGGCUCUUCGUCUCUUCCAGGAGGAUGUCAAGCAGGUUCUUGACUGGCUAGCAAACCAUGGUGAAGUUUUCUUGAGGAAGAACAUUGGAAUUGGAAGAAAUCUGCAGAAAGCACGAGUCUACCAAAAGAGCCAUGAACACUUUGAAAAUGUUGCCCAAAACACGUACACGAACGCGGAGAAGCUGUUAACGGCGGCCGAGGAAUUGGCGCAAACGGGGGAGUGCAACGCGGAAGAGAUAUAUUCAGUGGCGCAUGAAUUGGAGACUCACGUGACGAGCUUCGCAGCCCGCGUCGAGCAGAGGCGACAGCGUCUCGACCUCGCCGUUCUCUUCUACACUCAGGAUAAAGAGCUUACCAGCUGGGUAGACGAGCUGCGCCAGGAAUUGCAGAACGAUGAGGCAGCUGAUACCCUGGAGGCGACCGAGAGGUUGCUAGAGCAGUGUAGCCAACAGCGGGAUUCUUCCUUGGACGCCUGUGUCAGCACCAUCGCGAGGGGCGACACGCUGCUACAGGAGCUGCGGAGUGCUGGAGUUUCUGCUGAGAUGGACUCUACUGGGUCUGUAGCUGCUGUGGAGGCAGCACUAGACAGGCUCAACAAGCAGCGUGAAGAGCUGGAGGAACUCUGGUCUACCCGAAAACUGAAACUAGACUUGUGCCUGAGGUUACGAUUGUUUGAGCGAGAUGCCUUGGAAGUGUCAUCACAGCUGGAACUAUGGUCAGAGGAGCUACAGCAUACUGAGCUGAGUCGUGACACUCAGAAGGCAGAACAAUUGUUGAGACUUCACAGUGAGAGCGUCUCUCAUAUGCAGAACACUACAUUCCAAGUUCUGCAGCAAGGUCAGGAGCUUGCUCAGGCAUUUGAGACAUCAGGAAUGUCUGUGAUGGCAGAUAGCCAGUAUUCUGCACAGACACGUGUUCAGGUGCUGUUAGAAUUCCUACAUGAGAGAGAGAUGGACUUGGAGGACCUGGCUGAGAUGAAACGUGUUAAAUUGGAGCAGUGUGUCCAACUGUGCCAAUUUCAAAAUGAUGCAAACCAGGUUAUCAGCUGGAUUCGUAAUGGUGAAGCAAUGCUUACAGCGAGCUUUGCCAUCCCAAGCUGUCUGCAGGAUGCAGAACAACUUAAGAAGGAGCAUGAACAGUUCCAGGUUGCAAUUGAGAAAACACAUACAUCUGCAGUGCAGGUGAAGCACAGAGCAGAAGCACUGAUCAGUGCAAACCAUUAUGAUCCUCAAAGUGUCCGUGAAAUUGCUGAGGAGGUUACAAAGAGAUGGCAGCAGCUAGUAACAUGUGCUGAAGAGAGGCAUAAGUUGGUCACUGCUAGCUUAAAUUUUUACAAGACAGCAGAGCAGGUGUGUUCAGUAUUGGAUAGCCUUGAGCGAGAAUAUAAACGUGAUGAAGACUGGUGCGGUGGGGGAACUCCAGCUGACAAAAUGGGGGCUGUAGGAAGCAAUACUUCAUCUAGUGGAACGGACAGAGCAGCAGCAGUAUCACAGCUUAUCAACAAGCAUCAGGAACAGAAGGAGGCAUUUCUUAAGGCUUGCACACUGGCACGCCGCACAGCUGAGACCUUUCUCAAGUACACAGGACGAAGUCUUCAGUACUACAACUAUCAAGGGGAAACUAGUACACGGAACUCUGAAAACAGAGUCAAAAACAUCCUAGAGAAGUUGUUAAGUCAGGAGAACAAGGUACUGGAGCACUGGACACAACGUAAGAAGAGGCUUGAUCAGUGCCAGCAGUAUGUUCUGUUUGAGCGUUCAGCCAAGCAGGCCAUUGAGUGGAUCCAUGACACAGGGGAGAUCUAUCUUUCUACACACACCAAUGUUGGCCAGAGCAAGGAGGAGACAGAGACAUUAUUGUUGGAGCACAAUGUGUUUAAGGGCACUGCCAAGGAAACUCGUGAGCGAGUGAAGCUUCUGAUACAGCUCGCAGACAGUCUUGUAGAGAAGGGCCAUGCACAUGCUAGUGCCAUUAAGCAGUGGGUGGCCGCUGUGGACAACCGAUACAAAGGCUUUAGUUCUCGCAUGGAUAAGUAUCGCUCACAGCUAGAAGGAUCCCUAGGAAUUCAAGUUGAGAGUGAGAGCAGGCAGGAUCUCUCAAUUGACCGAAACUCAGAUCCAUUACUAGAAACUAAGUUGAAGGAGGCUGCAAACAAGGAACUGAAGGAGCUAAAUGAAGAGAAGAGGAAAUCUGCUCGUAGAAAAGAGUUCAUUAUGGCAGAGCUCUUACAAACGGAGCGAACAUAUGUGAAAGAUCUGGAGACAUGCAUAAAAUUCUUCCUGGAAGAAAUGCGUUCAGGUGGAGCAAAUGUACCAGCACCUUUGCAGGGCAAGGAGGAUGUUAUAUUUGGCAACAUGGAGGAAAUCCAUGACUUCCACAAUGAUAUAUUUCUUCGGGAGCUAGAGAAAUAUGAAACUAUGCCUGAGGAUGUUGGUCACUGUUUUGUUACUUGGGCUCAGAAGUUUGACAUGUAUGUAAAAUACUGCAAGAACAAGCCUGAGUCGAACUCGUUACUGGUGCAGCAUGGAGGAUCUUUCUUUGAGGAGCUUCAGAAGAAACACAAGGUGGAGCAUCCUAUUGCAGCAUAUCUCAUCAAGCCUGUCCAACGCAUCACUAAAUAUCAACUGUUGCUCAAGGACCUUCAGUCAUGUUGUGAAGAGGGGCAGGGUGAAAUAAAGGAUGGUCUGGAAGUAAUGUUAAAUGUACCAAAGAAAGCAAAUGAUGCAAUGCAUCUUUCACUGUUAGAAGGCUGUGAUGUGACCCUCGAUAAACUGGGCGAGGUUAUCCUACAGGAUACAUUCCACGUAUGGGACCCCAAACAGAUUAUUCGAAAAGGCCGUGAACGACAUAUUUUCCUCUUUGAACUCUAUCUUUUAUUCAGUAAAGAGGUCAAAGACUCAAGUGGCAAAGCCAAGUAUCUUUACAAGAACAAGCUCAUGACGUCUGAGCUGGGUGUCACUGAACACAUUGAGGGAGAUGAAUGUAAAUUUGCUGUCUGGACUGGCCGGGCCCCAAUUUCUGACUACAGAAUUGUGCUGAAGGCGUCAUCUCUCGAUGGAAAGCAGACAUGGGUGAAGAAGUUGCGUGAAGUAAUCCAGGAGACAUACUUUAGCUCUGCGCUGCCACUCAGUAUGCCAAAGAGUCCAGCCAAGCUGAAGCCUGGUAGUCAACGCUCCAGUAGGGAUAUGGAUGAUUCUGCAUCACUGGAUGAGAGUGUAGAAAACCUGGAUCGAGGCUCACUAGCAUCUUUUGGCUCAGGCAACACCACCGACUCUGAUAAGGCACCCGGUGUGGAGAUGACGUGGGUGAUCGCAGAUCACGUGGCGGCUGCGGGUAGCCAGGAGCUCAGUGUCCACAAGGGGCAGCAGGUGGAGGUGUUGGAGCUGAAUACAGCAACACCAGACUGGUGCCUGGUCCGUAUGCCCACCUCCGGUUCGUCAGUCGACUCCCCACCUGAAGGUCUUGUACCUCUUGCUGUGCUGAAACAGCCACCACCGGGCCUCAAAACCUCUCCCUCCAGACGAGCGGCGGCGGACCACGAUUCUGAACCUGGUACUAGUGACAGCAGCGGUGUUGGCGCAGUGACCACCAGUUCACCGGUCAACAAGCGCAGAGUCUUUAGUGGGAGAAAAUGGCUACCUCCUCCUCUCCGGAAGCUCAGCCAAGGGAAAGUGGAGAAGGGUGCUGCCUCCACCGCCCCCGACCGGCCACCCCUCAAGAAAACAGUGUCCGAUAAGAGGUUUAAGCUGCCACCUGGAGACAUGGGUAACAAGCAGGCAUCACAGAGUCAGUCGGGAGAGGAGGAGGACCGCAUGACUGCCAUAACAGCUGCAGCCUCCACUGCUGCUGUCCCAGGGACACCUCAAGCUACCACUUCCAACUACCCACCUCAGGAGAAUGGAGAGGAGGGGGAGGAGGAGUUGCCACCACUUCCACCUCCCAUGAAGCCUAUUACGGAGCCCAUCUUGGUGGCCUCAGGGAGUGCCUCUUCUAGUGCUGAGGAGAGUCAGGGAAAACGAUCAUCCAGCCUCUCCCUUAAAGCACUGGAAGGAGCUACAUCUGCAGGCUUGGCGGAAAUAGAACAGAUCGUCAAAGAGCGAAUGGAACAGCACACAGAGAACCAAGAGAGGAACAGUCUGUUGAAUCGAGAACUGAAACCAGUGGGUGAAAGUGCUACUAGUGUGUGUGAUGAGGAGGACAGUAACAUUACUGCGACUUUUGAGUCAGCUGUAGGUGGGACACUGGAGAGUAGUGUGGAUAAGGAUGAUGGGGGUGUGGCAAUGGCAGGGAGCAGCACCACAGAUGGCAUCAGUGCUUCUAGUGAACAAACUGCAAUCCAGAGGCGAGAAUAUGUGAUUCGUGAGCUAGUGGAUACAGAAAGGGACUAUGUCCAUGACCUCCGUGAGGUCGUAGAGGGAUAUAUGGCUCUUAUGAAGGACUCUGAUUGUGAAAUUCCCAUGCCAGAGGACUUGAGAGGGGGCAAGGACAAAAUGGUGUUCGGCAAUGUGGAAGCUAUAUAUGAUUGGCAUAGGGAUUUUUUCUUGAAGGCACUAGAAAAGUGUACUGAGCAUCCAGAAGAGCUGGGUCCCUUGUUCAAACGAUAUGAGCGCAAGCUUUACAUGUAUGUUGUCUACUGCCAGAACAAACCUGUCUCAGAAUACAUCGUGUCAGAAUACAUCGACACCUAUUUUGAGGAACUGCGCCAAAAGUUGGGGCACAAACUGCAAUUGUGUGAUCUACUGAUCAAGCCAGUUCAGCGAAUUAUGAAGUACCAAUUGCUUCUCCGUGAUAUCUAUAAGUACACUGAACGAGCCAAAUUACACAAUGAAACAGAGUCUCUGCGUCAGGCAAUGCAGGUCAUGCAAGUUGUUCCGAAGGCUGCCAAUGACAUGAUGGAUGUGGGUCGUUUGCAAGGUUUUGAUGGGAAAAUAACUGCACAAGGGAACUUGCUACUUCAUGGACCACUUGUGUGCUGUGAAGAAUCUGCAGGCUCUAAUUUCAAGGGCAAAGAAUUGCAGGUGUUCCUUUUUGAGCAAAAUAUCAUCUUUAGUGAGGCUGUAGGAAAGAAAACUCAGUUCACCAACCCUGUUUAUAUUCAUAAGGCUCAUAUUCAGGCUAACAAGAUGAGUCUGGAUGAGCAUGUUGAUGAAGGUGAUCCCUGUAAGUUCGCGAUCCGUUCAACUGAUCCUCGCAAGCCAAAUCUUGGAUAUAUAUGUCAGCCAUCAUCCAAAGAAAAUCGUGAUGAGUGGGUAUCCACCAUUAGAUCAAUUCUACAGAAGCAGAAAGACUUCCUGAAGGCCAUCCAGUCACCUAUUGCAUACCAAAAGGGAGAGCUCACGAAAGAGUUCUCAGCCCCUGAGUUCAGUACAAUGUGGAAUCCCUCGCUGAGGAAGACUAUGUCACAACCAGCACCCCAGACAGAGCAUGACACUUCAGCGGGUGUUGACAAGGUGAACGGGCGAUUACACAAAGCUAGCACCAUUCCUUGCUCUAGCAACACUACUUCAACAUUAUCUACGCUUCCUGAUGCUAUCCCUCUGAUCACACCAACACAGCGCAACCACUGUUACUCCAGUGACAGAUCCCCAGAAGCUUGUAUAAUGGGUGCAAGUGCUCGAAUGCACAGCCCCACAAAAAACAGAUUAAACCUUUUUGAAGGGUUCAAGAACACAUUGCGAUCCAGGGCUAAGAGUGAAGUCCCAUUCUGUGGUGGAAGCGAAUGUGACUGGAACUGCAGAUCCAUUGGUUCCAACAGUGAAGAUAAUAAGAAUUCCAUACGGAGGUGGUCAGAAUCUGGCUCACCUCACCUGGUUGAAUCCCUGGCACUACCUAUGAUGGCUUCAGGUUCUGUGGUGAAAGUAACAGCAGAUUUCCAUGCCGUCCGGUGUGAUGAACUGUCAGCACAAAGGGGUGGGACUGUUCAAAUACUGACAUUCUCCCCUGUACGGGGUUACUUAGUACGCAGAUAUGGUGGAGAUGGGGAUGGAGAGGAAGGUUGGUUACCAGCUCACAUUUUACCUCAUCAUCACCAUAACCAUCACCACCACCACCACCACCAUCACCCAGGAAGUGAUGUGACUUUGCCUCGUAAACCAUGGUCCUUCCGGUUUCGCAAGCCAAACUUCAGUGGUGUUGGACGAAGAGUUGAAAGGAGAUCAUUCGAUGGUGGCAUGGGUGCACCUCUGUUGCCUCUGUGUGGUGGAGAUAACAAGUCACUAAUACCAGAGUGUGCUCCUCCUCCACCAGAGUUUCAGGAUAGGCUUUGUGAUGUGAGUGUUCCAUGUGGUGAGAAAGUGGAACUAAGGUGCAGACUUCAGUGUCAUUCUCACUGUGAAGUAGGAGACUUAACUGUAACAUGGAACAAGUGUUUAGGCGAAAGUGGAGAAUCAUCUAUGAUACAGAAUGGUGGAAGGUACUCAAUCAAUAUACUGGAUGAUGGUUCUGUGUGUCUUAUUAUUGAAAAUACCCAACUAACAGAUGCUGGAGAGUAUUCCUGUCUAGCCUCAAAUGAUGCUGGCAGUGCUGUGACUUCUGCAUGGCUCUUUGUAACAGGUUCACAGUGUAAUCAGGAUGGUGCUCCUACAGUACAGCUGCUGUCUGGCUCAAGUGUACUUGUGGAGUGGAAUGGAGCACCCAGUGGUCAUUACAUCCUAGAAUGCUGUCAACGUGGCUCUGGUUCAUGGGUAGCUGUAAGAAAUGGACCUGUGCGAGGCCUAUCCAGUGUUGUGGAUGGACUGGUUCUGGGUGAAGAGUACAGUUUUAGAGUGAAUUCAGGACCUCCAUCUACACCUGUCACAGUUCAUGCCCAACCAGGAAGCAGCACCUGGCAACAGGAGCAGUUUCACCGGCGUUAUAUUGAGUUGGAGGAACUGGGUCAUGGUCGGUUCUCAGUUGUGAGGCGUGCCCGGGACAGAGUCACUGCCCAAGAGGUAGCCAUCAAGCAAGUGAUGGGAAGACGACAGGCACACGAUGUAACUCAGGCAGAGUAUGCUCUAAUGGCUCGACUCCAGCACAACAAUAUUGUGAGGGCUCUUGCACUUUUUGAGAAUGCCCCACAGCCCUUUAUGGACACCAUUGUGAUGGAGCUUGUGGAUGGGCCAUUGCUAUUCUCAUUUGUAUGCAAGCAGGGUGAUGAAUACAGAGAAGUAACAGUUUGCCAUUACAUGCGCCAAUUGAUAUCUGCACUGGGUUACUUGCACAACCAGGGUAUAGCACAUCUUGACGUAAAGCCAGAAAAUGUGAUGGUGGAUUUAUCAUGCAGCAGUUCAGUGCUUAAAUUGAUUGAUUUGGGGGAUGCUGUGAAUUUGACAAGGAAUCUGGAAGUCCUUCCACCUUCAAAUCUUGAGUUUGCUGCUCCUGAAAUGGUACUUGGGCAGCCUGUUGGUUGUCAAACAGAUAUGUGGAGUGUGGGAGUGUUCCUCUAUGCCUUCCUCAGUGGUGUGUCCCCUUUCUUGGAUGACUCUGUUGAGGAGACAACAGCAAACAUAUUAAAGUGUGAUUUCUGCUUCCCUGAUGAGUACUUUGCUGAUGUUUCAAACGAAGGCAAAGACUUGAUUGGCUGUCUCUUAGUUGCCACGUCAUCCCGACGGAUAACUGUUCAAGAGUGCCUGGAUUCACCUUGGUUCAAAGAUACACAGAGGACAUGUUCAAUUCCAUCAGUACGGCUGGCAGCAUUUCUGGAGCGAAGACAAUCACUUGCACGGCCUCUGUUCACUUCAAAUUCUCAUCUUACCCUCAGCCCGUCUGACACUUGAUCUAUUUCUAUAUAUGAUCUUAGAAAGUAUGAGAACUUUCCCUCAUUAGAUAUAUAGGAGCCUUCCAUGAUUCUAAAAAGCGACCAUCAAAUUGCUACUGCAAUUCUACAGAUCCGUUGUCUAGUGUCCUGGAAAAAAUUACUGUUACCUUGAAGGCUGAAGGCUGCACAACAUAAAGUUCCAAAGACAGUGUGUAAAGGAAGAAUACUUCUUGUGAAAAACAUACUUUUGUACACUUCAAUCAGAAUAUGUUAUGAGUUGCUCAUUUUGGAUUUUUUGAAUUCUUAAUAAUUGCAAUACCAUAUUCUGUUCUGAGUGUUCUAGUGGUAAUGAAUGAAAAUUCUGACAUUGUGCCAUGUUGAAUAUUGGGGCCUUUGUAUUGGUAAACAUUUACCCUUACAUUGAAUAUUGUACAACACAAAUACUUGUAGCUGGAACUAUUAUGAUGAACAGUGAAACACCCAUUCAUUCUAUGUUAAUUCACCUUUAUUCAUACUUUAGAAUAUACCAGCAACAGAUUAUGCUUCAGUCUCUAAUCCACUGCCAGUUGUGGAUAUUGCAGAUUGAGCACCUCGAGAGUCCUGACAGCCACUACAAUACAGGGCUAUUAUAAAUUAUGUGGGUGAUUUAGAUGGAGUAUGGAUUGAUGGUGAAUGGAUUUAUUGACUACUGAUGGGCACCACUCGGAACUACAAGUAAUUACAACACUAUCACUAAUCUCCAUACUUAACAAAUUACCUCAACACCUGCUAAGCCUUUUUGCAGCCUUCUGUGUCUUCAUCAGCUGUUCCCUGGCAGCAGCUUCUAACAGCGGAGAUUCUUCAGCUUCACACACUCAGGUUCUAUCUUCACAGCCUCCUGUUCUGAACUCAACUCUCAACUGACAACUACCAACUAGCUUUCAUGUAGAAAAAAAUAGUUUUAUUUUGUAAUUUCUAACCAAGUAAAGCAAGUGAAAUGCAAAUAUUUUAUGCUCAUGCAUGAUACCACCUUUUUAACAACUUCUGCCUGACAAGAAAUUUUAUGUCAUUCUUUGUCCUUAGACUGGGUUAGGAGCGAUAUAUUACUACAGAAAGAAGAUUGGAAAUGUAUAAUCUACACCAGGGUACAUGUAGCUUUCACAUGCAUUCUGAAUGCUUCCAACUGUGACAGACAGAUUUGCUGAAGACAUUAAUGUAUUAAGUAGGCCUACAACUAUAGAUAUGACGAUCGCAAUGGACACGUGGUCUAAGGCAUGAAAUGUCUUCACUCACUCAAACACUGGGAUCGUGGGUUCAAAUCCUACCCAAGGCGAGGAUGUCUGUUUACAUUUAUUCUGUGUUUGUGUUAGUGUCGUAAUAGGGUGAUCCCCAGUUCAAGGAGUCUAAGAUUAAGAAACUGAAGUGAAACUAGCUUUUCUUGGAUACCCUAUGCACCAAGUAGAGGCAGUAGGAGGAGGAGGAGACAACUACAUGUAUAAUGGUAAUACUGCUCCCUGCCAAACUUGUUGCACAUAAGACUUCCACAUUCACCAUGUUUUUACUUGUUGACCAAUAUUCAACACAGAAUUUGUAGGCAUGUAUAUGAUCUAUCUCUAUACUAGAUUUCACAUGCCCGUCUCCAGUCAUUCAGUAGUUACGACUUUUGGACCAAAAGCUAAAUAUAGAAAGAAAAAUUAUAUUAACAGAAGUUACAUAUUUUUCAAAGAUGUGUUUUCAUACACAGUUUCUGAUAUUACUAAUUGCAGGAAAUUAAGAAGAGCUAUUUUGUAGCCUCCAGUGACAUGAUGUCAGAAUCAAGCCAGAGUUUCUCAAGUUGAAAUGUGGAGGCAGAUAGACAGACAGACAUGAACACCCCUAUAUGCAUUCAUUUCAUAUACAUCAUGCAAAUAAUCCACAAUAAUAUACUGGAUGGAACUCAUUCUUCCAGUGAUAUAUAGUCACUUCACUACCUGCAGCAUUUAGCUGUUUAUUGAUAUUUCCAAAGCACUAUUAGAUAUUUUUGUCAAUGUAAAUAGUUUUUGUAGAUUAAUUUACAUAUAUUCUUGUGCUAAUAUAUAUAUUUAUAAAAUGUGUUUUAUACAGCAUGUAUAUAAUAGGCAUGUAAUGAUAUGAUUGGAUGUGUAAAAAUAUUAUAAACAAACAUUAAAAAACAUUAAAAUUAA